AUGUGGUCCUCUCACAAACCCAAACUCAGUGGACUUCGACAUUCUGUCAAAUCUAAAAUGGGUAUUCCAUCCUCAUUACCCACAAACCCUAACCCCAGCCCCAGUCCGCCAUCACCUCAGUCCCCACCACCACAAACGCCACCACUACCACAAUCGCCACCACCUCAGUCACCGCCACCACCCCCAAGCCAAAUACCACCUCUCAUUCCGCCUACUCCCCUCUCGCUGCAAUCCGAGCCACAAAAUGAAACACCAAUUCCCGACACCCAUUCCCCAGAACCAGCGCCUGAACCUGUGUCUACUCAAACAAAAACAAAAGGCAAAACAAAAAGGGCUGCAAGUAAACCUAAGAAAACCCCUCUCGGAAAACGGAAACGAGUACCUUCUGUUCCCUUCGACCUGAACUCUCCACCUCAGCCGUCCUCUGAACCAGUUAGCAAACGGACCAGGUCUUCCUCGCAAACCCCAACACCAGCGGUCCAAACACCAGUACCUCAGUCUCCCUUACACUCUCCAGCACCUGCAUCAUCUGCAGAUAAUAUCGAGGAGGAUUCAGGAUAUAAAAACAUUGAGUGGCAGCAAACUGUUUAUGACCCUGUUAAAUUCUGGAAGGAUAUUGCACCUUUUGGAGGAAGGGGACACAGUAACAGUAUUGUGGGUGCUGGGGAUUUGUUUCUCUUGUGGUGCAUGAAGGAGAGAAAACCAGGGCUGCGGCCGACAGCAAGGAGGCGUCUUGGUGGAGUGCCAGCGAAUGGGGGAGAGAAGAGAGUGGCUGGCCGACAGUAG